UAAGUCAUGCCCUCGAAGGUGAACUCAGAAUUGUUAUUUGCGUCUAUGAACCAAGAUUACAGCUGUGUCUCUGUGGGCACAACGAAAGGCUACGCUAUCGCUAACUGUGAGCCCUUUGGGAGAAUACACGGGAAGAAUGACGGUGCUACUUCACUCGUCGAAAUGCUCUUUUGUACAUCUCUGAUUGCGAUCGUAGGUGGCUUAGAUCGCAACUCAGAUAGGAAACUACAAAUAGUUAACACGAAGCGUCAAUCUAUCAUAUGCGAUUUAUUUUAUCCUACAAAGAUCCUCGGCGUGAAGCUCAAUCGCAAACGCUUAGUCGUCAUACUCGAGAAAGAGAUUUAUAUGUACGAUAUCUCAAACAUGAAGCUGCUCUGGAACUCGGAAACGUCGCCAAAUCCAGAUGCGGUCGUCGCACUGUCGUCAUCAUCUGAACCCUCUUAUCUCGUCUAUCCUUCACAAUCACCCUCAACACACACAGCAUCAUCUGUAGCUCCACCUCCACUUCCAAAUGCUCAAUCACAUUCGAAUACAGGCGAUGUCAUCAUCUUUGAUACUUUAUCACAGCAAGCUGUUAAUUUACUUUCAGCUCACAAAUCUCCAGUUGCCGCAUUGGCACUCAACAGUACAUCUUCCAUGUUAGCUACUGCUUCUGAUAAAGGAACGGUAAUACGCGUAUUCAGUUUGCCAAGUGCAGAUAAGUUAUAUCAGUUCAGACGUGGUUCAUACCCAGCGAGAGUAUAUUCUAUCGCUUUUAAUCAAGUUUCCACGUUGUUGGCUGUCAGUUCAGCUACUGAUACUAUACAUAUAUUCAAGAUUGGCAGGAGCUUCGAUGGUACAUCUUCGAACAACAAUGAGGACAUUACAUCAGAGACCAGCGAUAGAUUGGCCAACCAAAGCGGAAUGUUAGGUGGCUAUGAGGCUUUUGUUGAUGGAAAGAGAAGAUCUUCGCUAGGAAUAUCUAUAUCUCAGAAGGGUCUAAGCUUUGGAAAAGCUUUGACUAGUGGUGCUGGAUCUAUAUCUAAGCAUCUACCACGAGGAGUGACAGAAAUGUGGGAACCAUCUCGAGACUUUGCAUUCGCAAAACUGCCUGAGAGAGGUAUAGAAACCCGUGUUGGUUUAUCUUCAACACUCCCGCAAUUGAUGGUAGUAUCAUCACAGGGACUUUUCUAUUCCUACUCAAUUGACCUUGAAAACGGCGGAGAAUGUACGUUGAUUAAGCAAUACAACCUCUUGGAUAGCAUGGAGUGAGAGUAUAUUCCUUUCACAAGGAAUUUUGGCCGUCUCUUGUUUCUCUUUUUCUUCUUGUAUACCCGCGAAUGUUAUCAAAAUUACAUUAUAUAGUAUCAAUAAUAAAUUAUAAAAACAACACAUGUUCAGAGUCUAGCUUGGGAAAGUUUAGCCCGAAGUUCAUCUUCACCAAGUUUUGCUUUUGAUUCAAAUUUUUGUAUUUGACUAUCACCUAAUUGACGCAUCUUGUUUGAUUCAUCUGUUACACAUUUCCUUAUGAACUCGGCCAAUGUUAGACUCCUGUCGCUAUUUUCAUCGCUAUUAGUUACUUCCUUCAAUCGACUUGGAGAUUUAUUAAAUUGAUUAAGCAGUUGUCUGGAUGAUUUUAUACCAUUGCUAUUACUAAGUUCUGGAAGUGGUGAUAGAUUAUUCGUUGGAUUUUCUUCUUUUGGUGUAGGUGGCAGAGACUUUUUAGGACUUUCUUCAAGGUCUUCUAGUUUUGAUGAUUUUGGAGGUGCUUUCUUUUGCUGUGAUACUGUUCUUGAUGUUUUCCUCCGUGUUGUUGCUUCUUUCACUGGUGGUGCUAUCUCCUCAGGUUGUUUUGAUUGUGAACGCGUGCGGGUAACUCUUUUUGGAACUACUAUUUCAUUUUCCCCAUUGUCAGUUGUCAUAGAGGCGGUCCUUGAUAUACUCUUUCCUUUCUUUUGGGUUGCUGUUUUCUUUGUGGUAUCUUUCUGGGUAUUUUGGACCUUUUUGUGAGGACAAGUCCCCUUUACGACUUUAGCAUGAAAGAAUGAACAAUUUGGCGACCUAUUUCUAUGUUCUUCGGUUGGAUCAUCUCCUUUUUGCCAUUCUGAUAGAUUUAUUUCGCAACAAGCACAUUCGCAAUUAUCAAACGCAUCCUCAGUGGGUGCAUAGUAAAAUCCAGCAAGAGCAAGUUUAUGUACUGAAACAGAUAAUGGUCGGACGCACUUGACGAAUGUUGAUUUUCGAGCAUCAAUCAUGGGUCUACUCCUUGGUACACGUCCAGCUUGGGUGGGUUCAUCAUCGUAAUACUCUGUUCUGUUCUUCCCACCGUGUUCUGUUCCCCAAAUACUUUCAUCAAGUGCAAUUCCACAUACGACUCUAGCGUAAGGACAUUGGGGUGAGAAUUCUAGGUGUAACCCUGACGCGUUAUCGUCUUCUUUCCAAUCACUUAGCUUCAAAUCGCAGUACGCGCAUUGUACUUUAUCUGACUUUGAUUCCAUGGCGUAGAAACCAGCUUUUGAUAGAGCUUCGACAUCUAAAUGUGCAACAUUCCUGUGAUAAGUUUUAUUAUAACUCUUUAAUCUUUUUGUGUAUAUCUCCAUUUUACAGUCGCC